AUGAUUAGAAGAGGAGUUUUGAGUUUGGGUAUCAGUGGCAGGAGAUUGAUGUCCACUGAGGCUCCAAGGCUAAAGACUUUCAAGAUUUACAGAUGGAACCCAGACCAACCGGAGGUCAAGCCUAAGUUGCAAGAAUUCAAAGUUGACUUAAAUGAAUGUGGACCUAUGGUUUUGGAUGCUUUGUUGAAAAUCAAAGAUGAGCAAGAUGCUUCUUUGACCUUCAGAAGAUCAUGUAGAGAAGGUAUUUGUGGUUCAUGUGCCAUGAAUAUUGGUGGUAGAAACACAUUGGCCUGUCUAUGUAAGAUUGAUCAAGAUACUUCCAAGCAAGCCAAGAUCUAUCCAUUGCCUCACAUGUUCAUCGUCAAGGAUUUGGUUCCAGACUUAACAAACUUCUACCAACAAUAUAAAUCAAUCAAACCAUAUUUGCAAAGAAAGGACUACCCUGCUGAUGGGAAGGAAGUCUUGCAAUCUAUUGAAGAUCGUAAGAAAUUGGAUGGUUUGUAUGAAUGUAUAUUGUGUGCCUGUUGUUCAACUUCCUGUCCAUCUUAUUGGUGGAACCAAGAGGAAUAUUUGGGUCCUGCUGUGUUAAUGCAAGCUUACAGAUGGUUGGUAGACUCUAGAGACCAAGCUACCCAAGAAAGAAAAGAUAUGCUAAAUAACUCAAUGUCUUUGUACAGAUGUCACACUAUCAUGAACUGUACAAAGACGUGCCCAAAGGGUCUAAAUCCAGGUGAGUCAAUUGCUAAGAUUAAACAACAAUUAGCCUUCUAA